AUGGAGCAAAACUAUGGAGAACUUGUGAAGGAGGCAAUUUUCCUCUUGGACAAGUUCACUGCAGGGAGAGCAAGUUUGGAUGAUUUUAUAGAAGAUGCAGAAAAGGAGCUGCAGGACAUGGAACCCGAGUCAAUGAAGUUCAUUCUUGAUCUCGUCUCUGGAUGCAUCGAAUACAAGAAGUUACUGGACAUAGUUAUCAAUCCUUUCGUUGGCCAGGGUGGUAAACUUAUAUCCAAACGUUAUCACAACCAUUUUGUUGUCAUCUGUUACCUCACCAUAUUCCAUUUUGAUGACCUUGGGCUUAAAGCUUUCAGCAACAUUGUCAAAUCUCUGGACAUUAAAAGCAUACACAAUUUCCUGAGAUUCUUCUUCAUGAAUCUCACAACUUGGAUACAAGAUGAGUGGAAUCGUGUCUAUGAUGUUGCAUAUGUGAAGGACCACUGGAUUGCCCCCUUGCUCAGGAAGCGCUCAGAGAUUGAACCACUCAUGGAGAAGCUUGCUGCCAAAGUGUCUGGAGAAAUGCGCUUUCGCAAAGCUCCACCCAAAACUACUGACCCGAUAGAGUUCUCCUUCUACCAACAAAAACCAUCAUUUCCACAAUGUGUGCAGAUACCUGGCAGCACAUACAGGAUUCCAAGAUUGGCCCAGCUCAUAGAAGAAGUAAAACAAAGGAACCAGGAAAUGUCUGAGGAGCUGCUAUAUGAGGUUAAUUCAAGAGAGUUUGGAUUUGCAAGACCAAGAAGAACGGAUUGCACACAGACACAGCGACUGAUGUACCAGUUAAGAGAAGAUAUGGAAUCAAAAAUGCGGUUGGAAGCAUUUAAUGCUAAGGCACCUCCUCCCAUAGUUAAGGAUGUCCUUCCUUUCAAACUCAAUACAGCAGCCAUGCUGAGGCGGCGUGUGCUUCAUGACCGCCAAGUGGAGGACAAGCUGCAGAGAAUAGAGAAUCUGGUGGAAGGAGCAAACGAGCCUUCAGUUUUUCUACAGAAGGAAAAGGAAAUGCUCGUGAAAGACCAUCAGGAUUUUUUGGCAAAGAUUGAGCAGAGGCACGCCAAUGUUAUUCUGAGUCAUUGGGAAACCGUUUUGGCCCGUGCACAACAUACGAGAAGAGGUAAACAACUUGUAAAAAAAAAAAACACAGACCUCCAAAGUCGAACACAUUAUCUAAUGCUGAUGAACGUUUUUUUUUUUUUUGCGACAUUGCAGACAGUUAAGCGAACUGAACAAAAAGCCCAGGAAAAGUUGGAGGAAGAAAAAGAAAAGAAAGAAUUAGUGCAACAAGUGACAGAGAGUCACAGCAAUACCCAAAAAGCUACAGAGAGGGUGAAGAAAGCAAAGCAGAGCGCUGUCAAAGACUUUGCAGUGUACAAUCAAGAGAUGGUUCGUCAAGUAGAAGAGGCGGCCAAGUUAGAGCUUACCAAGAAGUUGGAACUCAUCAGUGAAAUCCACGCCCUGGAAUGGUGUCCCGCCAUCCGAUGCAACAUGUUUGAUCGUACAGAGAUUGCAGGUCACCACGAGCUGCUGGUGGAGAUGUCCCACGCUGAGUUGAAGGAGCGUCUGUUCCUCAUGAAGGACGCAGAGGCGAUUGAGCAGAAGAAGAAACGAGCCCUCAUCCAGAAGGAGAAGCAGAAAAAGAAGAAGCUGCUGUUGGGCGACAUGGAGAAUAUCAAUCUCCACAGUCGAGCCAUGGCGAUGGCCACGAUGCUCAGGAAAGAGGAAGAGAAGAAAUUCAAGAUGGAAUUGCAGAAGCCCGUAGUCCAGAACAAAAAGGUCUUUGCUCUGCAAAAGAAGAUUGAAGAGGUGAAGAGGGAGUGUCAAAAAUUGGAGAAAAAGGAAAGUAACCAAGCCAAGACAUCCAAGCAUUCAGCGACACACCCCGAUGAAACCAUAAAGACCCAUGGCAAAGAUGGAUUAAAGAAAAUCAACUGGGAGGAGUGCUUAGAACAGUAUAUAGAUAGGAAAGACUAGCAUAUUAUUUCUCAGAGAGGAGGAGCUCCCUCAAGAAUAUAUUCAAAUAAAUUCCAUUUUAUUUGUGGAGACUCUUACCACACUGGAAAGUUAUAUGAAGCCACUUGAAAGAUAAUAUGAGACAAUCUUGGUCAUGUUUGCUCA